AUGUUUGCCGAAUUGAAUCACACCAUGGAGUGGCCAAGUGAUGAGAUCCUGCUGGCACUGCAGCAGAACCGAUCGCUGAUGGACUGUCAGUUCCAGGAAAGCAUCUCCACCACCAACUACUCCAGCAUGGUUCUCGAGUUUGCCAAGAUCCUCUACGGUAUUGUCUUCAUUGUCGGCCUUUUCGGUAACACAUUGGUCAUCUACGUGGUGAUGCGCUUCUCCAAAAUGCAAACAGUGACCAACAUGUACAUUCUCAAUCUUGCCAUUGCUGAUGAGAUGUUUCUCAUCGGCCUCGUCUUUCUCAUUACCACUUUCAUCUACAAGUUCUGGAUGUUCGGCAGACUACUCUGCAAGGUCUACAUGACCAUCACCUCCAUCAACCAGUUCACCAGUAGUCUUCUGCUGACUGUCAUGUCUGCAGACAGAUUUAUCGCAGUUUGCCAUCCGAUCACAGCGUUAAAAUUCCGUACGCCAUUUGUUGCGAAAUUCAUCUGCCUCACAGUGUGGAGUAUAUCAGCCAUUCUCAUGGUGCCCAUCUUCAUGUACGGGAACACAUUGGAAUAUAAGAACCUGGUAACUUGCAACAUAGUUUGGCCGGAAAGUGAGCUGAUGAAAGGAGAUAAGGCGUUUACACUGUACUCCUUUGUGCUGUGUUUCUUUGUGCCCUUCAUUCUCAUCUUUGUCUUCUACAUUCUGGUCAUCUGUAAACUGCGUCGCGUAGGGCCGAAGAACAAGUCGAAGGAAAAGAAACGCUCUCACCGGAAGGUCACCUACCUAGUGCUCACCGUCAUUGCCGCCUACGUUUUCUGCUGGCUGCCCUACUGGCUUGGUCAGCUCUACAUUGUCCUCAACUACUCCAAUUCGCCUAGAUCUGACUUUGCUGUUGCCGCCAUGCUUAUUGCAAGCUGCCUUUCAUAUGCCAACUCAGCCGUGAAUCCCGUGCUUUAUGGUCUCAUAUCGUUCAAGAAUCAUUAG